CGGACCGAAGACCGAAGGAAAGCACCAAAUUCUAGUCGGGACCGGAGCUGUCAUUCCAUGUCUAGAAUUGAAUCGUAAAACAUUCAAUUCACUAUUUUUGAUGAACUCAAUGAAGUGUGCUUUCAAAUAUUAGUAACAAACGAAUCGCGAGUACAGUGGGAGUGAAAAUUGUGUUCUUAUCGCAUAUCAAACGUUCUUUAUGAAAUAAUCGCAAUGACGUUUCUGAUAAAACGAACUAACGAAACAGCUUGUUGGACAGAUCAAAUAUUGAAAAAAUGGAAUUUGCCAAUCACGUUGAACGGUGACAAAAAUCGAUAAAAUCCAAUGAUUUUUGAAGAUCAAGUUGAAAAAAUGUUCAACGACAUAAUAAGAUUAAUGAAGAAAGGUCGACAGAAGAUACUCUUAGUUGUUCUUCUUAUCACCUUUGGCAUUUAUUUGAUUCUCAAGUCAGAUACACUUGUUUGGUUCUACUUUUUUGGAUUGUUAACUGUGUCAUGCUGUUUUCUCGGACCUCUAGUCAUCAUCCUCAUACACGUAGCUCUAUCUCCCAAUCAUCAAACUGGAGCUGGUACCACAAAGACUGUCAUCGAAAUGGAUGCUUUUCGUACUAUGCUAAUGAAAGGAUAUGAGCCGAAAUCAUCCAGCAACAAAAGACAAAUAAGAUAUCCUGUAGUAUUUACCAGGCUGGUUGAUGGAGCUCUGCAGAAUCUUCUAGAUUUGGCUUUCAGAGACUUUGUAGGCUGCUGGCUGAACGAAUUGGCUUUUUGUUCUGAUCACAUAAUAACCAACAUGAAACAAGAUGUUUGGGGUGCCAUACAAAGUCUUCACGAACGUCUGUCUCGUGUAGAUCAUACAAAACUUGUAGCUUGCAGCAUUGUUAACCGAGUGACUUUUCACUUUGAAAAAAUUAGAAUAGCUCAAGCAGCUGCAUCAGAAGGUGAAGAUCCAGUAUUCGUGUUGUCUCCACAUCUCAUGUCAAGGACAGACGAGCUGGAAUAUUUACGAAGAGUCAGUGAAAUCUGUAUCAUGUUUUUUCUGCCACGAAGUUACUCUAUAUCCCCUGCCAAAUUUCUUCUUCGCGAAGUAAUCACUUGUAAAAUUCUGAAACCUGCCAUAGAUCUUAUUACGGAUCCUGAUUACAUAAAUCAAAAGAUAUUGCUGUACAUAGAGCAGCAGCAAUUGGCCGAAGCUAUGCACCGAAAAACGUACGAGUACGCAGAAUCAUUUGAGGAUUUUAUUCGAAUGAUAAAAAGUUCGAAAGAUAUCGAGGUCCUGAAACACAUCCGGUACAACAUAGUAACGGAAAUAAUGCAAGCAACAACGGUGCAAAAUGUCAAGAGAGCUCAGGGUCUCGAUCCGGAAAAUAAUAGUUUUGGUAAAUCGGAUACCGUACAAGCGAAAAAACUUAAACGCUACAUCAGCCAAUUGACGUAUGCAAAAAAUACGUGCGAGUGUCACAUGCAGACCCUCGGAUGGGACGGCUAUCCGAUACAGGAAUGUGAAAUAGCUGACGCAGCGAUUACCUCCGAAGGAAGGGUGUUGCCGUUGCAAACCGUUCUCGACAAUAUCACCGGACGACGCUAUCUCACCCAAUUUUUAGAACAGGUCGCCAGCCAAGGUCUUAUCGGUUAUUGGGCAGCGGUACAAGAAUUGCGCGCGGCCGAUCGAUCCCACUGGCAUCAAUUGGGCGCUGAAAUAUUUUAUACCUACAUAAGAUCCUCCACCGCUGAAAUCAAAGUCGAUAAAAAUGUUCGCAAGAGAAUGGAGAGCUUUUUACUUGGCGACAAAGGACCCGAUGUUUUCUACGAAGUUCAAGAAGACGUUGUCAAAGUAUUGGAAGACAAGUAUUAUCCCUCGUUCCUCGUUAGCGAACAGUACAGGAAAAUGCAAGAAGCACUUUUGAGCGAAAGAGCUGAUGACGAUAGUUUGGCCGAAGAUCGUCAACUGGUCGAAGGCUCGCUUUCGGAGCAUUCGUCCCUGCUCGUUGGUGAUCAUUCCAACUACGCAAGAAGCAAACUUGAUCAGUUAGAGGAGAAGCUAAACAACAAAAUGCAGGCACUUCAAGCGCUCAGGACUUCUCUCAAACCGGAGAGCCGCGUGCUCAGUAUUCUAGCGAAAGAGGUGGAGUGGCUUCAGGGCGAGAAACGACAGCUCGAAGCUCAUCUGACGCACACAGAGAUGUGGGCCGAACACUUGGGUCGUUGGCGAGCCGAUGUACAGAGCGCUGAAACUCCGGAUAACGGUGAUCCACCCCAAUUCAUCCUCGUCGUUCACAUGGCAGAAGACGAGGGCAAUGCUGAAAGCAUAUCAACCGGAUGGGUCGUCUUUCGUAAAUUACCGGAAUUCCAGGAACUCCACCGGAAACUCCGACAAUUGUGUUCCAAUGUGAAAACUCUCGAACUCCCCUCACAACCUCUGAAAUUCUUCGGCAAAACCGAUAAAAAUUCACUCGACAAGGCCAAAAUGCAGAUACAAAAAUACCUCAAUUUCGUCUUGGAGGAUGAUCGACUGAAUCAAAGUGAAGCUCUCUACGCGUUUCUGAGUCCAAGCUCAGAGCACCUCAAACACACGACGCCAUCGCCGAAAAAAUCACGUUUCUCUCUUUCGACUCUCUUCAAAUCCGGCUCCGGAGGCAGCGGGGAUUCGCGUGACAAGGACGAAGAUGAGGAUUACUCACUUUUACUUGAUGAUAACGAAGCUGGUCGUGCUGGCACCGACGCAUACAUGGGACCUGGAAAAGACGCGAUCGCUGAACCGUUGUACGGUCUUCUUGGUGAAGUUUUCGACCUUCGAGGGGUCUUCCGAUGGCUUCGAAGGUCGCUCAUAACAUUUGUGCAGAUCACAUACGGGCGUACAAUAAACAGGCAGGUCAGAGACACCGUUGCUUGGGUAUUUUCUGAGCCGAUGUUGCACUACUACAUUCAGUUAUUUACAAAAUCAUGGUGGCCAAAUGGACAGAUAGUAUCGUCAACGGUUUCAAGAACCGACGAAGAGAAGCUUAAAACUCGUGGCGAAGCAAGAAGACAAUUUUUGAACAAUUUGCCCGAAGUUUUGGCGAAUCUCGUAGGUGCUCAGAGUUCCCAGCGAGGAGCGACCAAAGUAUUUGACACUUUACAGAACGUCAAUCUGAACAAGCAGCUAUUUUAUGAUAUCUUUGAGGUUCUGAUGUACGAGAUAUUCCCAGAGUUGCAGCACAAGUAAGAUCUUUCGAUUGGACGAGCUGCGGGCCACGUAUUCCUUAAGACGAACGAAUUAACGAGCUAUACAGGGAGCACAAGUUUGCCAAGUUUUUUAUAUCGGAGCAUUCCUCCUGUUGAAAAUUGAGCAAAGUCUCCUAUUAUUUUUAUAAUAGACUGUAAGGCGUAAGGAACAAAGAUAAUUUAUGAGCCUGCUCGCCUGUGUAACUCCCUAUUUUCCUGAACAAUUAUGGCCCAUUCGAAUAAUUUCAUCUUCUUAAAACAAAUGAUUUAUCAUUGAAUAAUAUUCAGUAUUAAUCAAUCACUUGUGGACCAAUGACAAGGUUUUACAUCCUUUCGCUAUUCUUUUUUAAUUUAGUUCAUUUAUACUGACAUUUAUUCAUUUUGUAUCGCACUUGUGCUGUACACUACGUUGUUUUUCUUUAUUUUGUUGAAAAAACUGUUGCGAAACAGUUGGUGCAAGCCAUGCGAUGUUUAUAGUACAGAACUAAGGUCAAAGGUGCUAUAAGAAAAUAAAACCAAAGACAAGGUACACCCUUUGACCCUUUAUACGAUUCAGUGUUCACAUCGAUAUAUCUAUGACAUAUUAUAUUCAAUUUAUCAGUGUUUUCUGUUACUUUUUUUAUAUGAUUCUGAUUGCGAGCAGGAUUUAUCACUGCCUUGGUGAACGUUUUUCAAUAUUUAUCUUUGUUUGUUUUUUUUAUAUAUAAAGCGAUCCUUAUCGUUGAAACUCUGGGUUCGAUCUAACAAAAACAGCUUAUCUACUGUUACUGCGAGCCCAAGUGUUUCGCUAAUGCAACUGAUGCAUUACUAUAUGCGACGGCAACGACCUGAUUACGUUUAUUGGUAUUUUCUACACCUGGUGUAGGACGUGUCUUGAGGCCAUUUUUUUGAUGAGCUUGAAUACGGAACCGAAAUUCGAAACAGAAAACAUGCCAAUAUUUUUUGACAAAAUAUUAUUAAAGAGUCACGUCUUUUUAUCGUCUGUGCACUGACCGUUUGACAAUUUGACACAGAGUAGUAGGCGAUGAGAAUAAAUGUGUGGAGCACAAAAUUUCCUACGAAAAAUCUCAGGCGAAAUUCUUUUAUCGUCAGCUUUUCGAGUGAUCCGAAAAUACCUUGAAAACGUUCGCUUUACCGUGAUACUCGAAAAUCAGAUACUUAAUUAUCGAUGUGAUUUUUGAGAAAUUAACUGUUGGAAAAUAAAUAAUGCCAAGAAAAACCUUGUGUAGAAAAUUUGAUGCUUUUAUUAUUAGAGGUUUUCACUGCAUCGAUCUUCAAAACGAUUGCCGCCAUUCGAGCGAUGAAGCGACGUGAUUCUUCAAUCUCAAUGAACAUAACCAAAAAACAUAACAACUUUCCGAGCGGGAAUCCAGUCCUAAACUUGAGUUCGUAGUUCGAGACCUUAGCCAUUAGCCAUGGAAACGACCAUGAAACGCCUUGUGUAUAUGAGGCAUUUUACACGGCAAAUUCGGAUAUUUCAUCUCUCAGCUCAGGACUUCACAGCAAAUUAUCAUUGCGAGUGAACGACAACGACAGUGAACCCUUCUAGAAAAAAAUGCCAUUUUUCGGGAAAUUUGAAGAAGAAUAUCAGAAAAUUUCUUCCCAAAAAGAAGCUUUUCCCAACUGAGAACAUUUUUGUUGUUGAAAAAAUGACGAAAUCGCGUCGGCAUACAACAAUCAAAAUUCUAUGCACACGCCGCCGAAUGCCCCAAAUGAUGAAUAUGUUCACCGGUCAAAUAGCGAUAUCUUCAAAACAUUUUUUUCAGUAUAUAUUUUUCAUUAUGCGCUUAAUUUGUCUAAAUUUUGUGAAAAUUUGAGAAAACAAGUGUAACAAGAAAAAAAUUUUAACCUACCGGAUUUUGAAACUAUUACUAAUUCGAUCAGUGAACGCAUGCAACCGCGAUACGUUUUUUCCAGGUAUGGAAAAAAAAUCCUUCAGUGUAUAUAAUGUGGAUAUAUACUUAAUAUGACUAUAGAAUCUUGCGUGUGUACAAAAUUCGCACAUGAAAUAAUCAAGCGUAUAUGUUGCUUUCACUAUUACCGAAAUCGAAGAUGCGAGCGUCUCUAUUCCAAAGUAUCAAAACCAUAUCUAUGUAUACGUGCUAAUCUGUAAGAACGAUUGAACUAUUAAAUAAACUCUGUUAAGCACAAA